UUAUUUAAAUGGUGCAUCCCCUCCGGUACCAGGCCAACAAAAUUUGCGCAGAGCGCUCCCUGUGUAGAUUGGUUGGAAGCAGCUGGAGGCUCCAGUUCUCAUCUGCUCAGGUGUCCCUGGCGCCUUGACGAACUCGGCCUCUCCAGUACCUCACCUGGUGAGCCCUCAGGACAGCGGACUGAUUUUCCGAGGUCCCAGAACUGGCUUUGAGAGGCGCGGCUCGCAGCGACGGGUGCAGGGGCGACUGCCAGCCCUCACCCCGCCUCAGGGUGCGUUUGGAGGCCGACACCUGGCCGACACCUCCCCGCGGGACGCCACGCCUGCGCGCCGGGGAUCUGGGAUAAGAAGUGCGUGCCUGGCUUGGGCUGCGCGCCGCUGGGCCACCAGUUUGCGCGCAGGGCUCAGGCGACCGUCGGCCAUGGACAUACCGCGGGGCAUUGGCACCUUCGUGGUGUGGGACUACGUGGUGUUCGCGGGCAUGCUGGUCAUCUCGGCCGCCAUCGGCAUCUACUACGCCUUCGCUGGGGGCGGCCAGCAGACCUCCAAGGAUUUCCUAAUGGGCGGCCGCAGAAUGACGGCUGUGCCCGUGGCGCUGUCCCUCACCGCUAGCUUCAUGUCGGCCGUCACCGUCCUGGGCACCCCCUCCGAGGUCUACCGUUUUGGGGCCAUUUUUAGCAUCUUUGCCUUCACCUACUUCUUUGUAGUGGUCAUCAGCGCGGAGGUCUUCCUCCCGGUGUUCUACAAACUGGGAAUUACCAGCACCUAUGAGUAUUUAGAACUUCGAUUUAACAAAUGUGUUCGUCUCUGUGGAACAGUCCUCUUCAUUUUUCAAACAAUUCUGUAUACUGGAAUUGUUAUUUAUGCCCCUGCCCUGGCUUUGAAUCAAGUCACAGGAUUUGAUCUGUGGGGCGCGGUGGUGGCAACAGGGGUGGUCUGCACAUUCUACUGCACACUGGGUGGUCUUAAAGCAGUUAUCUGGACAGAUGUUUUUCAAGUUGGGAUCAUGGUGGCUGGAUUUGCAUCUGUGAUUAUACAGGCUGCGGUGAUUCAAGGUGGAAUCAGCACUAUUUUAAAUGAUGCCUAUAAAGGUGGAAGAUUAAAUUUCUGGAAUUUUAAUCCUAACCCUUUACAAAGACACACCUUCUGGACAAUUAUCAUAGGAGGGACCUUCACAUGGAGCAGCAUCUACGGUGUCAACCAAUCCCAGGUGCAGAGAUAUAUUUCUUGUAAAAGCAGAUUCCAGGCAAAAUUGUCUCUCUACAUCAAUCUUGUGGGACUCUGGGCAAUCCUCACGUGCUCAGUGUUUUGUGGGCUCGCCCUAUAUUCUAGGUACCGUGACUGUGAUCCUUGGACAGCCAAGAAAGUGUCUGCACCAGACCAGCUCAUGCCUUAUUUGGUACUGGACAUUCUGCAAGAUUAUCCAGGACUUCCUGGACUUUUUGUGGCCUGUGCUUACAGUGGGACGUUAAGCACAGUGUCCUCCAGUAUUAACGCCUUAGCAGCAGUAACUGUGGAAGAUCUAAUCAAACCUUACUUCAGAUCGCUCUCAGAAAGGUCUCUGUCUUGGAUUUCCCAAGGAAUGAGUGUGGUGUAUGGAGCCCUAUGUAUUGGAAUGGCUGCGCUGGCAUCACUUAUGGGAGCUUUGUUGCAGGCAGCACUCAGCAUAUUUGGUAUGGUUGGUGGACCACUUAUGGGCCUGUUCGCUUUGGGCAUUUUGGUUCCCUUUGCCAACUCAAUUGGAGCACUUGUUGGUCUGAUGGCUGGAUUUGCUACUUCUCUAUGGGUUGGAAUUGGAGCUCAAAUGUAUCCUCCACUUCCUGAGAGAACGUUGCCAUUGCAGCUUGAUAUCCACGGCUGUAACAGCACAUACAACGAGACAAAUUUGAUGACAACCACAGAAAUGCCAUUUACUACUAGUGUUUUUCAAAUACACAAUGUUCAAAGGACUCCACUGAUGGAUAACUGGUAUUCUUUAUCAUAUCUGUACUUCAGCACUGUUGGAACUUUGGUAACAUUAUUAGUGGGGAUACUUGUCAGUUUACCAACAGGAGGAAGAAAACAGAACUUAGACCCCAGAUAUAUACUAACCAAAGAGGACUUUUUAUCCAAUUUUGAUAUUUUUAAGAAAAAGAAGCAUGUUUUAAGCUAUAAAUCGCAUCCAGUGGAAGAUGGUGGAACUGAUAAUCCUGCUUUCAACCACAUUGAAUUGAACUUCUCAGAUCAGAGUGGCAAGAGCAAUGGGACUCGUUUGUGAAGCAGCUCUGAUACUAGAUGCCCUUAAAUGAUGUUUCAGUUUUAUAUGUUUUCUAAGAUAAUUGGAUCAGGUUUUCUUUGUGUGUGUGUGUUGUAUCAUGAAUGUUUGGGGGAUAAGUUUUUGUUAAAACAAAGUCUGGACUAUCUUCACUUACUACAUCAUUAAUUGAUGUUACUCUGGAGUUUAGAAUUUUGGCAUUGACAUUUCCCUCUCUUUCCUUUAUUUCAAUGAAGCUGUAAUUGUGAAAAUUAUAACUACAUAGACGCUGAAAGGCUAAUACACAUAUAGGCACAUGUAUUUGAUUGUCAACAGUAUAUUCUUAAAUUUGGGUAUUACUGAAAAUAUUUUCCAUGCCUUGAUGCUAGCAUAUAAGUUUGGAAGAUUGCCGAAAUCGUAAUUCAUCUUGAAAAGAACUUUUUACCCUCUUACCACAUACACCAUUCUUAGGGAGCAAUGAGGUAACAGGUCUGUGUUGUCUGGAUCUUUGCUUUUAUUUCCCCAUCAGCCCAGGGCAUAUACUAACCUGCAAACUGAUUCUGGAUCAGGAAGGUAGUAAUCAGUAAGUAUUCUGUCUGCGAAAGACCGUGGACCCAAUGAUCGAAGUCUUCUUGGUGCUGUUCAUUAAUUCUUGUGCCUUUUGACUUGUUUUCUAGAGUUUCUGGACUUCGGCUGCUGAUACUGUCUUUAUUUUUAUCUGCAUGCCCAGUUUCUGAUCUAUCAACUUGGGUUUUGUUGUGCACUCUACCUGAGCUUGUCUUCAUAAUUUUCCAUUUAUUGCCCUGGGCUUGGAUAUGUCUCAAGACACUCAAGUGAAUCAUGCCACCCCCAAUCCUGGCUUAUCAAGUCCCAGACUAUAAAUUAUGAACUCCCAUUAGCUUGGUACUAACAUAUACUUAUGUAGGUACUUAUGGAUUUGAUGAUCCAAGAAUAUUCUUCAAAAUGGUUAAGCUCCAUGGAGUUAGAUGACUGCACUUAAUGCUAUUAAGUUGAACUUUUGAAUGUCAACUAAUUUGCAAUCAAUUAAACUUAAAGAUACAUAUUGAUUAAAGAUACAUAGAAAUUUUGAAAUGUUAGUAUAUUUAUCCAGUUAAAGAGCUAAAUUAUAUGGGCAAACACUAUGUUUUUUUUUUUAAUGUCUGGACUCAAAAAAUGCUUUGUUCCGUGUUUUAAAAUUUUUAAGUAGCAGUCUCAAAGUUGCUUAGCUGUUUAUUUUGCUAUGUUCCCAGCUAAGAGUUUGGUUAUAGGAUUUCAUCAAUAACUUAUUUUUUGUACAGUUUCCACAUUAGAUGCUGUUUAAAAGUUCUUUUUUAAGCUUUUCAAUUUUUUUUAGAAACAUAAGAGAAACAUUUAGAUACAUACAAAUGUUUUUAUGAUUAAAUAAUUUUAUGCUUAUUUUCUGAUACGUGUUAUUUAGGUAAUCACACCCUGUACAUUUAGAGGUUGCUAACUGACAAUGUUAAGAAAUAAAAAAAAAAAAAAUGGCUGGGCAUGGUGGCUCACACUUGUAAUCCCAACAUUUGGGAGGCUGAGGCAGGAAGAUUGCUUGAGGCCAGGAGUUUAAGUCCAUCCUGGGAACAUAGUUAGACCUCAUCUCUAUCAAUCAAUCAAUCAAUCAAUCAAUCAAUCAAUCAAUCUUAGCUAGGCAUAUUGCCACAUACUUAUAGUCCCAGUUACUAGGGAAGCUGAGGUGGGAGGAUAGCUUGAGCCCAGGAUUUUGAGGCUGCAGUGAGCUAUGAUUACACCACUGCACUCCAGCCUGGGUAACAGAGUGAAAUCUUGUCUCUG